UACAGCUUGCUCAGCGAGUAUACAGCCGAGCGCUUCCUGCUUUAGCACAACCUCUUUCCUGUUCACUCACUGCCGGCCGCUUUGUCCACAUUCCCGCUCCCCAAUGGAUGGCAAGGGCUGGGUGGCCACCGGGCCCCAGAGACAGGCGGCCGGGACCAUGUGAGCCCCUGGCAUGUGGUCUGAUUUUGCCACCGCUUCCUUUCCCGUCUGUUUCUCUGUUCCUCUUUCCUUUUACCAGUGAAACUCGGCCGCAGACUCCAACUUUAAGCCAAGUUGCUGACCAGCUCCCUCUGCUCCCCAUGCGGGGCUGGCGCCAUGAGGAAGAGAUGGAGGGGAGCGUGGCUCCUACUGCUGGCACUGGAGACCUUUGGGUUUCGGGAAGGUGACCCAGAGGAACCCACGGGGCUGAUGUGUUACCAGAUGGGCCCCAGCGGGGGCAUGAAUUGCACGUGGCCCAGCAGGACCGGCCCUGAGGCUAACACCACUUACACCCUCCACUACCAGAGCCUGAAGUUCAAACGCAACCAGACGCGGAGUUCCCAGGCCCCCGCCGGACAGAGCUGGGUGGUGAUUGGAAGAAGCAGUCUGACGCACAAUGAGAACUAUGCCGUGUGGGUGGAGGCUGGUGACGGGACCCAGAUCACCCCAAGGCUAACUCUGACCCCGCAUGAGAUAGUGAAGCCGGAUCCCCCUGUACUGAGCCUAGUGGACGUUACCCCUGUGGUCACCGUGACCUGGACAAACCCCCAAUGGCCCCAGCAUUUCUCCCCGGAUCUGGCCUGCCACCUUCGCUACCGGGUGUCUGGGACCCCCAACUGGACCAGGGUUCAUGAAGAGGAUGUUGAGCCCAACAGCUACGAGUUCUCCAGCCUGGAGCCUUUCACGGCCUAUGAGGUGCAGGCUCGCUGCAUCCCCAGGGACCGGAAGGGCUUCUGGAGCGACUGGAGCCCGUCCCAGACCUUCCGGACCCCCGAGGCUGCCCUGCUGGGCCUGGUGGACGUGUGGCGAGUGGCCAGCCCCCCUGAGUCCGGAGAGACCAGCCUUCUGCUGCUGUGGAAGCCACUCAAUUCUGAAGCAGCCAGGGGAGUCAUUCGCAGCUACAGCCUGGCCUUCCGGAGCGGCAGCAACAGCUCCGAGAGCCUGGAGUCCGCCUGCUGCAACGUGAGCCUCCCCUCCAGAACCACCCACGUCUGGAUCUCGGCAAACAACCACGUCGGGCGGACGCAGCCUGCCAACCUCAGCUUGGAGCGGCAGGAUCUGCCUGCCCCGGCGGGGGUCCGGGCUGCGGCCGUGCAUGGGCAGGAUCUCCUCGUUACCUGGGAGCCCAGCAAGGACCCUCUGGAAGGGGAGCCCAUGGAGUACCUGGUGGAGUGGGCCGAGGAGUGCAGCAGCUCAAAGGUGGCAUCCCUGGACUGGGUGCGCAGGCCGGCUGGCACCCACAGGGCCCUGCUGACAGGUGACUUCAGACCACGGGUGCCGUAUCAGGUCCGCGUGUACGGGCUGUACCCCGGGGGCUUUGGUGCAUCGGCCCCUGUCCGAGCCUACAUCCAGGAAGGAGUGCCAUCGGCAGGGCCCCAGGGCUUGCAGGAUCAUAGCAUCUCCAAGGAGGCGUCCAUCAUCUCCUGGGAGGCGAUCCCCCUGGCGCAGCGCAACGGGCACAUCACUCACUACACCCUCUACCUCGCCACGCCCACGGAGAGCCCACAGACCUACCAGCCCAUCGCUGCUACAGAGACAAGCUACAACCUCUCAGGUCUGGAGCCCGGCACCUCCUACCAGCUCUGGAUGACGGGCUCCACUUCGGCCGGGGAAGGAAACGCCAGCUCCAUCCAUCUCUUCCACACGCCAGAUUCCCGCUGGGAGGUCGUCCUGGCUUCCCUCCUCGCAGUGGGAUUCCUUCUUUUCCUCGCCUGCGUCCUGGGAGCUAUCCUGCACGUGCAGCUGCUGGACCUGUGCCAGAAGGUGCUGCCUAGCUGGUGCUGGGAGAAGGUCCCGGAUGCCACCCACAGCAGGAUUAUGCUGCACGAGGUAGACAGGGAUCCCCACAGCUACAGGGGUCCCUUGGUGCGGGCCAAGGCCGCGGAGGAGCCCCCCAUCACCGAGCUCCACAUUGCGGAGCCAGCAGAGCACGUGAACCACGGCUACUCAACUCUGCUCCAGCUGGAGUCUCCUCUGCCUGCCCGGCCCCACGGCGCGGGGGCUGACGACGGGCCCGGGAGCAAGCCCAGGACAGAGGAGCUGGGGCCAAGCAGCCCCACCCUGGAGGAGGCGUGGGGAGAGCAAGCCCCGGUCAUUUCUGGCUACGAGAAACAUUUCAUGCCCACCCUGGAGGAGGUGCUGGGACUGGCCUGAGGGACGCGGCUGGGCGAGACCCACCAGCCCCACCCAGCACUGCCCCAGGCGCUGCGGGAGACCCAGCCGGGCCUGCCUGGCUCGAGGGGCCAAAGACUGGGACAUGGGGUCUUUCCCCUGUAGGGGGCGCCGGCUCCAAGCUCAGGUUGGGGCAGGGAAUGGGACACGGAGACCUUCCCCUGUAAGUGGUGCUGGCUCUGCUCUGGCCUUAAUUCUGCGGUGACCGAAUUGUCCCUGUCUGGUGGACUGAGUUUGCUGGUAUAACGGGUCCCUCCUAGACAACCUCCCCGACAGGCUGCCUUAGCAAACAGGCCCAAGACUGACUGGCCCAUGGAGACCGAGUGCCUCUCCGGACUCCCACCCCCCUCUGCUCUAACCACUACACACACUACUCCUCUCCUGGAGCUGGGGAGAGAACCCAGGAGUCCUGACUCCCAGCCCCCCUGCUCCAACCACUAGACCCCACUCCCCUCCCAGAGCUGGGGAGAGAA